CCCAGGCGGCGGCGGGAUGGAGCCGGCGACCGCGCCCCGGCCGGACAUGGCGCCGGAGCUGACCCCCGAGGAGGAGCAGGCUACCAAGCAGUUUCUGGAAGAGAUCAACAAGUGGACAGUACAGUGUAAUGUUUCUCCGCUCUCGUGGAACGUGGCCGUCAAGUUCCUCAUGGCCAGAAAGUUUGACGUGCUUCGUGCCGUGGAGUUGUUCCACUGCUACAGAGAAACAAGAAGGAAGGAAGGCAUUGUGAAGCUGAAACCUCAUGAGGAGCCGCUCCGUUCUGAGAUCCUCAGCGGGAAGUUUACCAUCUUGAAUGUGCGAGACCCAACUGGAGCCUCCAUUGCCCUUUUCACUGCCAGGUUGCAUCAUCCCCACAAGUCUGUCCAGCACGUGGUCCUCCAAGCCUUGUUUUACCUGCUAGACAGAGCUGUGGACAGCUUUGAAACUCAGAGGAAUGGACUGGUGUUCAUCUAUGACAUGUGUGGGUCUAAUUAUGCCAACUUUGAGCUAGAUCUUGGCAAGAAAGUCCUCAACCUGCUGAAGGGAGCAUUUCCAGCCCGGCUGAAGAAGGUGCUGAUUGUAGGAGCACCCAUAUGGUUCCGCGUGCCCUAUUCCAUCAUCAGCUUGCUCUUGAAGGAUAAAGUUCGCGAGAGGAUUCAGAUAUUAAAGACAUCUGAGGUUACCCAGCACCUGCCUAGGGAGUGCCUUCCAGAAAAUCUGGGUGGGUACGUCAAAAUUGACCUCGCCACUUGGAAUUUCCAGUUCCUGCCCCAAGUGAACGGCCACCCAGAUCCCUUGGAUGAGAUCAUCCUGUUUUCCCUGCCUCCUGCCUUAGACUGGGACUCAGUACAUGUUCCAGGUCCUCAUGCCAUGACCAUCCAAGAGUUGGUAGACUAUGUUAACACCAGGCAAAAGCGGGGCAUCUAUGAGGAGUAUGAAGACAUUCGUCGUGAGAACCCUGUUGGCACUUUCCACUGUUCCAUGUCUCCAGGAAACCUAGAGAAAAACAGAUAUGGAGAUGUCCCCUGUCUGGACCAAACACGGGUGAAGCUGACAAAACGAAGUGGCCACACUCAGACAGAUUACAUCAAUGCCAGUUUCAUGGACGGCUACAAGCAGAAGAACGCUUAUAUUGGUACACAAGGUCCUCUGGAGAACACCUAUCGUGACUUCUGGCUCAUGGUUUGGGAGCAAAAAGUUUUGGUGAUUGUCAUGACCACCCGCUUUGAGGAAGGCGGCAGGAGAAAAUGUGGCCAGUACUGGCCUUUAGAAAAAGACUCUCGGAUCCGAUUUGGCUUCCUCACGGUGACUAAUCUAGGAGUGGAGAACAUGAACCAUUAUAAGAAAACAACUCUAGAAAUUCAUAACACAGAGGAGCGGCAGAAACGCCAGGUGACCCACUUCCAGUUCCUAAGCUGGCCAGAUUAUGGUGUCCCUUCCUCAGCUGCUUCCCUCAUUGACUUCCUGAGAGUGGUCAGGAAUCAGCAGAGCAUGGCUGUAGGUAGCCUGGGAGCUCGCUCCAAAGGGCAGGGCCCUGAGCCACCUAUUGUGGUCCACUGCAGUGCUGGCAUCGGCAGGACAGGUACCUUCUGCUCACUGGACAUCUGCCUGGCACAGCUGGAGGAGCUUGGCACCCUUAAUGUGUUCCAGACAGUGUCACGCAUGAGGACCCAGAGGGCCUUCAGCAUCCAGACCCCUGAGCAGUACUACUUUUGCUACAAGGCCAUUUUGGAGUUUGCAGAGCGGGAAGGCAUGGUUCCCUCUGGUCAUAGCCUGUUGGCCAUGGAUGGUCAAUAACUGUUCCACAAGUUCCCACCUGCUGGUCAGCCUUCCUUAAACUACCCUGGACACUGCUGAGCCUAUAGGUUGCCAUCAGUUAUGCUGAAACCAUGGAUCAACCUCUUUCUUGUGUCUCCCAGCGCACUCGUGCACGCAAGGCAGCCUUUCCCUUUGGCUAGAUAAAUGUGGUGACCUUGCCACUAGAAAGGGCCAGCAGCAAUGUGUUCUUAAUUCCUAGCACCUGCUAUCGAACUGUGCCUUAUCAAAACCAAAUUGUGGCUAUUGAUAUUUGCCAGGGUCCCUGAGGUAAGUGGGGAAGGAACCCUCCCCCCAGCCCCAUCUCCCAAUGCCAUUCUUCUGGACAUCUCCUUCCCUUUGCUAUGAUUUGACAGGGAGGUUUGGUGAGCAUUCACCUUCCUACCCAGAAAGCUUGACCAAGUUACAUAUACUAGAGAAUGUCCCGAGUGCCAAGCACGUUUAUACAUAGGACGUGUAUUCCAGUCUUUUCUGUCAUUCUGUGUGUGUGCGUGUACGUAUGUGCACUUACGUGUAUGGACCCAUAUGUAUGUGUGUACAUAAUAUAUACUGUAUGUGAUAAGUAUGGCCGUAUACUAUAAAUACAUAUACACACAGAUACUCUUUGUAGAAGUUUCUGGGGCUUUAUGCUGCAGUUCAGCAUUCCUUGCUUCUUGGACCCUGACGAUUGUUCUCGACUGGCUGGGGUUGGGGCUCGUGACUCAUGUUGUCAGACAGCAGAGUGAUAGAGGACAACACAUACUUUUUUCCUGGGCCACAGGCCCUCUUCCUUAAUGACAUCUUUCCCUCUGGACUCUAUGCUUGUUGGAGCCAAAAAUACUGACGUAAGGUAACACUGGUUCAUUUUAGCAUGGGUGUCCUUCAUUUAACAAAUUCUGUUUUCUUUGCUGAUUUGGGGAACAGACCUCCACUGUGAUUCCAGACUCUGUCUUAUGACCCCAGUGAUGGGGACCAAGGCUAGAAACGAAUUUCCAGAGCUGCCAGAGCCCAAAGUAAUCGGUACGAAGUUUUAAAAAGAAUAAAGGACAAACUGGGGCCUCUUUUUCUUGUGUUGGAAGAUAACUUUCUUUAUGCAACUCUUGUCUACUGAGAUGCCCAGCUCUCCCUGCCUGCCAGCCUGCCAGAUCCAGGACCACAAACCAGAUGGUUCUGGGUCACUAUAAAGCAUUGUCCCCUUGGAUGGGUCUGGGUCACUAUAAAGCAUAGUCCCCUUGGCUGGAUGAGGUCGUUCCUUGUAAUCGCUAGUCCCCUGCCCAUACAACUUGCUCCUGUCUUUCCCCAGUCUGACUCACCAGGAAUGGAAUGAAGAGUUCCCAACACUGUGUCCUACAAAACCCUACAGAACCCCUAGAUCUUCCCUUACUCUAGAAGAUGAGGUUGGCAGCUGGUCAGAGCUCAAUAAUUUUAUACUGUAAUAAGAUCUUUGAAUGUGUAUAUUCUUAUUUUUUACAAUCAUUUCAUUUUGUAUUUAACAUCAAUGGACUGAGUCAGAUUCAGUAAAUAAUUGUAAUGUUCAUAUUCAAUAUCUUAUAGUGAUACAGUUUUGUAUUUACCUAUAAAUAUACCAACAUGAUUAAA